GGUAAUGUAUAAAUGUAAAGUAUGUAUAUGAGAUAAGCUACCAAUAUUUUUUAUUAUCUCGAAUGAAUUGUUUGAAAAAAUACAUAUGACAUUGUUUCUAUAAUAUCACACUUGUCGUUUUUGUAUACUAACCACAUGACUGUACAGUAUUAUCUAUAACGUUUAUUUAAUUCAAUUGUCGAUUGUUGUUAUGUCUCCAAAAACUUCUACAGUGCAUCUGAUUGUUCUACAGCGUGUACCUACAAUUUAGUCUCAUUUAAACAACCGUUGCAAGUACACGUGGUAUUUUAAUUUUUUCGUUACAAAUGUUGUUGUUAUGUGAAUUAAAUAUGGCGAAAAUCGCCAUCUUAAUAAAUAUAUUUUUCUUAUUACAAUGCGGUUUUUGUAAGAGAAGUGUUAAAGCGAAUAAAUCGCCGAUUAUAGGCGUUCUAUCGCAAGAGCUUUUGUUUCGAAACCUAGAACUUUUUCCAGCAUCUAGUAGUUUUAUAGCUGCUUCGUACGUGAAAGCUGUUGAAAGCUCUGGAGCUCGAGUCGUGCCAGUUGUUAUCAACAAGCCGGAAUCUUACUAUAGGAAUAUUUUGAAUUCAGUGAAUGGUUUAGUGUUGCCUGGAGGUGCCACUUUCCCAGGUGAUGGAAAUCCUUAUUACGAUUCGGUAAAAAUGGUUUACAAAAUUGCAAAAGAGAUGAACGAGAAUGGCACAACGUUUCCUAUUCUGGGAGUCUGCUUGGGAUAUGAAUUCAUGCUGAUCGUAGCAAAUAAUGACAACAAUAUACUAAAAAGAUGCAACGUAACCCACGAAAAUCUACCUAUAAAAUUCCACAGCCCAUACUUUCAAAGUACUCUGUUUUCACGUCUGAGUACACGACAAGCACACACUUUACAAUAUCUCAAUAGUACUGUCAACUUUCACAGGUGGUGUGCUCAUGUGACCGAUUUUGACAAUUCGAAUCUGAAUCAAGACUGGAGAAUAACUUCCACCAGUACUAGUUUAAACAAUACAGAAUUCAUAGCCAGCGUCGAACACAAAAAGUAUCCAUUUUUCGCGAUCCAAUUUCAUCCUGAGAAAGUAUCAUUCGAAUGGAAUCCCGAUCACAAUAUACCACACUCCGAACCAAUAGUGCUAGCCAAUCGGUAUUUCUACGAUCAAUUGAUCUAUCACGCUAAGAAAAAUUUCAAUAAAUUUGCCACUAUAGGUGAAGAGAACAAUUCGCUAAUUUACAAUUAUUUUCCUCGUUUUACCGCUUCGGUGACGAGUUAUUUACAAAUGUAUGUAUUUUAAUCGCCAAAUUACACAUUUUUUUAUACUCUGGAA